UACGCCUCGCGGACAAAGUACCAAGUGUUGUUGGUUAUUUAAGUAAAAUAUAGUAUAAGGGAAAAAAGAGUGAACAUAUCAGUGAAACCCAAAACCCACUUGUAUAACUGCAAUUGAAUUAUAGCUAUGGGUACAUAUUGUCAAAGUUAAUAUAUCUAAACGGGGAAUGCUCGACCACCCUAUUUCCGCUUGAACUUAAAAAUUUGUUGUAUUUUGUUCACAGGAUAAUUUUUGUCUUAGUUCGUGUCGUCGUGCAUUGCGUCGGUACAUAUUUUAUUGUUUUCAAAUUUGUUUAAAGUAUAAAGUGCAUAUUAAAAACGUUAAGUCGUGUCGUCACGCUUUACGCAUAUCAGAGAAGAUAGUGUACAUUCUGUCGCAUGAUAAACGUGGAAUUAAUUGUUACGUGUUGGUUGCUCUGAGUUUACUUAGUAGACCCUUCGGAAUGUUUUUUUUGUUUGCUGGUUCAAGUUAUGUGUUCAUAAGUGUAAAUAAAAGUUGCUUUUAACCCUUAAAAUAAAUUUUCAUUCAACAAUUCUGAUCAAGGUGGGAGCCUUAGUAAUGGUUCUUUUAAAGUUUAGUUAAAAUAAAUUAUUGGAAACCUUUCAAAGUUCCAUCAAAAAAGAAAACAAAUAAAACGACUUUAGAAAUAGAAAUAGAGAUCUUGAGUGUGGGCUAAUUUUUGGAUAUUCAAAAAAUUAAGAACUAAAUGCAUUACAAUGGUCCUAAUAAACGAACUGAAAUUCCAGCAAAUUGCUAAAAAUACAUUACACCUGCAUUUAACGGUGUCAUUCUGAUUCAAAUUUAACUCUGACCCACUAAUUUUUGCAUACCUAUCAGCAAACCUCAAUGAGCCUCAAUCGGAUUUCACGGCUCGAUUAAUUCGAGCGUCAUCAUAAGGUCACAAAUGUAAAUCCAAAAACUUUUAAAUUGCACAAUCUGCACUUCCAAAUCAUACAACCAAAAUGUACAACGAAAGCAUAUCUAUGAUAGAACCACGGUUUAGCAGCCGAAGAAACAAAUUCAAUAAAAAAGUGCGUUUAAAACAAUUUUGGUCAACUUAUUAUUCAAUAACUGUUGCAACGAUUUUUUCCUGCCUCUUAAAUGGUGUUGCAUGUAAUAGACCACCACGUUUCGUCAUCGAUGGUCAAUCGGAGAUAGUUUUACGAUUGAAGGAAAGCCCGGAAACAGCUGUAGGUACCCUAAUUUAUCGUCUAAAGGGCUUCGACCCUGAUAACGACCCCUUAACGUUCUCUUCACGACCCUCACCUGAUAGUGAUGUAAUAAGAAUCGAGAACACCGGCACAAAUGAAGCUUAUGUCUAUUUGGCCAAAGAGUUGGACAGAGAGACACAAGAUGAAUAUUCAAUUGUGCUGACAUUGACAGACAACCACCACUUUGGUGAAUACAAUUAUGUGACUCAGAGUUUCCUGUUGCUGGUCGAAGAUAUUAACGACAAUGAACCCAUAUUCAAGCCCUAUCAGUCGGCAAUAGAAGUUCCAGAAAACAGUAGGCCGGGCAUUGUUACAACAUUAGAAGCGACUGAUGAGGACGAGGGUGCUUACGGUCAAGUUGUGUACUACCUGCAGGAGUUGGAUGGUGACAAUGAUAUUUUUUCGAUAUCAACAUAUCAGGGCAAAGGUAUUCUCAGGCUUUCUGGUAAGCUUGACUAUGAGACGAAAAGCUUAUACCAGCUAAGGGUAUUAGCAAUCGAUCGUGCUAAUCAGGGACCAGUGAAUACCGGAACUGCUGCAAUUCUAGUCAAAAUAAAGGACAUCGAAGACCAGCCUCCAGAGUUUAUACAGGUGCAGGCUGUAGCCCGAAUUCCUGAAGACGCUCCAGUAGGCACUCGAGUUCUGCGUGUCAAAGCCAUCGAUGGAGAUCGUGGCAUAAAUAAUCAAAUCAAGUACACAGUUGAAAACAAUGAGCAGUUCGGAAUUGAAAGUAAUACGGGAUACGUUUACACAGCUCGAGCUUUGGACAGGGAAGACACAAGCGAUCAAGUCAAUGGAGCCUACAUACUCAAAAUUACAGCUACAGAGAUAUCAGAACAACAACCACCCCCGUCAGUUAAAACGGAAGUUACAAUUAUUGUCACGGAUGUUGAUGACGAAAUACCAACAUUUAGCGAACCUAUUUACCGGUGUGAGAUCAACGAGAACUCCCAAGUAAAUACUCCAUUGACUUUUAUUGACGAUGUGCGGAAUUUCGUGUUCGACCAUGACGUCGGCAAUAAUGGCACUUUUCGAUUGUUCAUGGAUCCGCCGAAUGAUAUAUUUGAGAUUGUACCUGAGCUGGCGGUUAAUGAAGCGACAUUUUUGAUUCGAGUUAAAGAUCCGAAAAUGGUUGACUAUGAAAGAAAUAGGGAGAUGAAUUUUACAUUGUUUGCAAGGGAAAUGGAGGAUCCGGAUAAAUGGAGCUCAGCACAUCUCCAAAUAUACAUUCGAGACCAAAACGACAACUUUCCAGAGUUUACAAAAUCCAUUUACAACGUCACAAUUCUUGAGAAUAGUGAAUUAGGAACUAUUGUAGCCCAAAUUUCUGCUCAUGACAAAGAUUCCGGAGAUUUCGGAACAAUGGGUAUAAGAUACAAAAAUCUUCGAGGAGGCAUUGCAAACCUUUUAAAUCUUGAUCCAAUAUCGGGAAUUCUAUCUAUUCGAGUUCCUGGUGGGGAAGCUUUUGACCGUGAAGUGAUAUCGCGGCACUAUUUAACCGUCGAGGCUCAAGAUAAUAUUGGAUCUGGAAAUCGCAAUACUGCCCAAAUCAUCAUCAAUAUAGAAGAUGUGAAUGAUAAUUCACCGCUAUUUCUUCAAAGAUAUUACGAAGCCAAUCUUCUCGAAAACAAGAUAGAAUUUGAAACCCCCCUAGUGCUGGAAGCACGAGAUAUUGACCUCAAUGGAACAGAAAACAGUCAAAUAACCUAUGAAAUAAUUGAAGGAAUGUUUCAGAGAAAUUUUACAAUCGACAAAGCGUCCGGCAUUCUAAGACCAAAUCAACCUUUUGAUUUUGAAAGCCUACCAGCUGUUGGAAAUUCAAAUGUUCGAAACAUUGAAUUACUUGUGCGAGCCCGAGACUCGGGAAUACCCAUGUUAUCUACUGUUGUUCCAGUUGUUGUGUAUAUUCAAGAUGUCAAUGAUAAUCCUCCGAUCUUUCAAAAGUCUUUUUAUGCCAAAUCCAUUCCUGAGGACCUUCCAAGUGGAAGUUUGGUUCUUGAAGUAAAAGCUCAGGAUCUAGACGGUUCUUCGCCUAAUAAUAAUGUAGUCUACAGAAUCCAGACUGGAGCUGAGGAUAAGUUUAUUGUGAAUGCAGAUACAGGAACUAUAUAUGUUGCGAAUGGCGCUUCCUUAGAUCCGGAUUUGACAAAUUCAAAGAAAAUUGUUUAUACUUUGACUGUUUUGGCCUUAGAUGGUGGUCUUGGCUCAUCGCAGAUGAUGAAUACAGCUACAGUAAAUAUCACAAUUAAAGACGUCAACAAUAAGUUACCGGUGUUGAGUGAUCUACCAACCUUAAGGAUCAUGGAAAACACGCCUGUCGGCUCCGAAAUAUAUCGUGUAUUUGCAAGUGAUUUAGAUGAAGCUCCGAUUUUAAGAUAUCAAAUUAACAGGGUCAACUCUGAAGCUCGAAAUGAAGAUGGUGCUUUCGUUAAAUUGAGUGAAUAUGAUUAUAUAAGCUCAUUUGAGUUGAAUUCUAUUGAUGGAACUCUAAAAAUGGCUAAGCUUAUUGAUCGUGAAAAGGUGGAAUCCAUCAAGUUGUCCAUCAUUGUAGAAGAUUUAGGUGCUGCAAAGGGACCACAAAUGGUUGAAGCAUAUCUUCAUAUUCAAAUUGAGGACGAAAAUGACAACAAUCCUAAGUUUAAGCAGCCCUUUUACAAGAAAACAAUCACCGAAAACAGUAUGAAUGGUGUUCUUAUUGCGAAUAUUGUAGCCUACGAUGUGGAUAAGAACAAAACCGUUACUUACUCAAUGGAAGGCAAUCCUGCUUACACUAGCUUGGUACAUUUAGAUACUCAAACUGGUGAAAUUGUUGUUUCCAGUAAAAUCGACCACGAGUUAUAUCAAUGGCUCAACUUCACAGUUCGAGCUACAGACUCCGGUAUUCCAUCCAGAUCUUCCCUAAUCGAUGUUUUUGUAAAUGUUUUAGACGAAAAUGACAAUAAUCCCUAUUUCAAACCUGGCAAUAAAAACUUCUCCAUUAGCGAAAAUGCUUCCAUUGGUACUAGAAUAGGUAUUAUUCAAGCAACUGAUGCAGAUUCUGGAGAUUUUGGCAAAGUUACAUUUCUAAUGGAUAGGAUAAGUUCGCAGGGUAAAUUUUCAAUUGAUGCUGAUACUGGAGUUUUGACAGUGGUCGAUAAACUUGAUCGUGAAACAAAGGACUUUUAUAUGCUUGUCAUUGAGGCUUGGGAUAACUAUCAGUUUGGAUUCCUUGCCGGAGAAAGUCGCAAUGCCUUCAAACAAAUUACUAUAAAUGUCUUAGAUGAAAAUGAUUCUAUACCGGAAGUUAUCGUACCAAAUGGUUGCGUUCCCAUAACAGAGUAUCACGAUCAUAAUGAAGUCAUAACAAAAAUUCGAGCGACAGAUGCAGAUGAUCAUAAUUUGCCAAACGGACGCACGGAAAUGAAAAUAACAAGAGGAAAUUCAGAAGGACUUUUUGAACUUCGACAAAUUGAUCCCUGGACAUCCCAUAUUCUUCCAAGAACAUCUCUUAAGAAUCGAUAUGGAAAUUAUACCUUGGACAUACAAGUCAGAGAUUUGGGAUUACCUACAAAUAUUGUUAGAAAAUCAAUUGAAAUAUGCAUAUCGGAUUUUAAUGAUCAUGCACCAAUAUUUUUGUCCCCUAUGCGUAAUACUACUUUGAGAAUUGCAGAGAACACAACAGUUGGAACUAUGAUAUUACAAGUUCAUGCCACCGAUGAUGAUAUCGGUCUAAAUGCUUUGGUCCGGUAUCGUCUGAAGCCCGAUCCAAUGGGCAGCUAUAAGACAUUCGAAAUAGACCCCAAUAGUGGAAUGAUUUAUUUAAGAAAUAGUCUUGAUAGAGAGAAACAAAAACUGUAUGAGAUUAGAAUUGAAGCUUUUGAUCAAGGUAUACCAACAUCACUGACAACAGAUCUGGAUCUUACCAUAUACGUGCGCAAUGUUAAUGAUUAUGAACCGCAGUUUUUGGUGGAACAAAUAGUUGUCAAUUUUACAGAGCACACGCAACCUGGAAGUCAAAGAGUUAAACUACCAGAUACUAUUGAUAAGGACGAAGUAGAUGAUUUAGAGGAUCCACCCAGCACAGUAUGUUACUUCAUAAUUCAAGGCAAUGAGGACGGAUUCUUUGCCUUAAAUCCCGAGUCUCACAUUUUAUUGGCAGAUAAAGAGCUAGAUCGCGAGGUGAAAGCUAAUCACACUCUUUACAUACGAGCAACUGAACAUUGUUCAGAAAGUCCUUCCAUUCGAAACAAUGGACAAAAAUUCUCAAGACGACAAAUGGAUAAUACACAUAUAAUGUCGAUGGGCAAUCGUAAGCACAUGAAUUACCCAAGUUCAGAUGCCACAUCGAAUGAAAACAAUCUUGGAGAUGAUGAACUUAUGUCCGAUAACACUGUCGUAAGGGUUCUGGUUCGUGUCUUAGAUAUCAACGACAAUCCCCCCCGAUUUAGAUCGAAAAUAUUUACUGGAGGAUUUACAACUUCAGCUGAUUUUGGAACUAAAUUUAUGAAAAUCGAAGCGUAUGAUCCAGAUGAAGGGAAAAAUGCUGCAAUAUCUUAUUACCAGGUUGGGGAGGUUAAACAAACGCUAUCGGAGGGAUUGGAGAACGUGGAAAAAUGUCCAUUUGUAGUUGGUCGUGAAACUGGUGAUAUUCAAUUAAACUUUGAUCCACAAAAGGGCAUGAAGGGUUACUUUGAUUUUAUGGUUGUGGCCAAUGAUACUGAUGGGUUGCAGGAUUCAGCACGUGUUUAUAUAUAUCUGCUGAGAGAAGACCAAAAAGUUCGAUUUGUUUUUAGACUGCAACCAUCCGAACUAAGGGAAAAAAUUCAUAAGUUCAAAGACACAAUAAGUAACGUCACGAAAGCCAUUGUAAAUAUUGACGAAUACAAAGUUCACGAAAAUAGAGACGGUUCCGUUGAUAAGACUAAAACUGAUCUAUAUAUGCACCUGGUAGACAGAGAAGAUAACUCAAUUUUUGAAGUGACUGAAGUUCUUCGUUUAAUUGAUCAACACGUUGAAAGUCUUGAUGGUCUUUUCAAAGAGUUCAAUGUUCUAGAUACCCAACCAGCUGAAGCUCAAUUGUUAAUUGCUGGCCAAGUAAAAGCACCCAUGUUUGUGUGGUUUGUAUUUUCGAACUUGUUCCUUGCAACUUUACUGGUGGUAACUUUAGCUCUAUGUGCAUCUCAGAGGAGUGGAUACAAACGUCAAUUACGAGCCGCUAAAGUAAAUAUAUUUCAUCGAUCUUCUAUGUUGAGUAUUCCCGAUGGACCAGAACCACAAUCUACAACUGUCCCAAACACUAAUAAACAUAGUGAGGAAGGGUCAAAUCCCAUCUGGUUAAAGGGCUAUGAAAAUGAGUGGUUUAAAAAUGAUGAUAACCAAAGUCAAGGAGGAAAUGAUUCAUUGGACGAUAAUUUUUUAUCAAUUGAUAGACAAAAUUCUUUUAAUCAGCAUUGUAAAAUAUUUGAACAAACUAAUGAUUUAAAUCGGCACUUUAAUGUCUAUCAACAAAUUGAUAAGCUGACAAAUAAUGCUCACAUUUUAGUUAAAAAAUUGGAAACUACUGAAUUAUAGACGAAUCAAGAACUAUAAAAAGUCAAGUAUGAUUAAAAUAUUUAUGUACCUGCAUAAGAAUUUUAUAAAAGUAUAGUUUAUUAUUUAAUUUAUUUCUGUAUUGAAAAAUUCUUUUGUACCAUAAAUAUCCGUAUAGUGUAAAAUUAUUUAUUUCAAAUAACAACAUUUUUAGAAUAGGAUUUUACUAUCUAA